ACUUGUAGAAAGGGACAAAGUGAUACAACCCAUUUAAAGGUCCAUUCGGCAAUCUUCGUUUGCGGCCGUGAGCAGAGCGCUUCAGCGCUCUACGGGCACCUUGCUCACGUCCCAAAAUCCCUAUAAUCUGGAACGGCACACGCAACAGUAUUUAACAAUCGUUGCAGAAAGCUACCAUCUGGUAAUGUGUAGUUCAUGUAAUUUGGUGGUAUUUUUAAAGAGACAAAUUCUCGGUGAUGUGUAUACGUGUAUUAUAUGAUAUAUUUGAAUUCAAGAACAGUAGAUUUUAAUUGAAAAAAACGUAUACUCCAACUAUAAGGAUUAUUGAUAAUCAGAUGUUUUUGACUGUAGCUUUAUAUUCUAUUGAAGUAAUCAUGAGAUAUUUUUUGUAAAACCAUGGAGAAAAUAGUGUAAUAAACGUGAACUAAAUGAAAUAUUUCAUCCUGUCAAGAGACCAAUUUACAUUUACCAUGAAUUCUAUAAGCACCUUUGUUUUAAUGCUUAUUGUAUUACUUAAUAUCAAAGAUGGAUUAAUGAUAUCGCAACACCCAAAAUUGUUGGUAAUAUCGUAUGAUGCAUUCAGAUAUGAUUAUUUUAAUAGAAACUUGACACCAUUUAUGAAUAAACUGAAACACGAAGGCACAUACACAGAUUACAUGAUGAAUAUUUUUGUCAGUAAAACAUUUCCUAAUCACCAUACAAUGGCGACAGGAUUGUAUGCAGAAACGCACGGAGUUGUAGAUAAUGAAUAUUAUGAUCCAAUUUCAGGAAAUAUCACAAAGCAUUCGUAUAAUCUAUAUCAUUAUAAUAACAAAGUCCUUCCUAUUUGGACUGCUAAUCAAAAACAUGGUGCUCAAAGAAGAAGCGGUAUAAUGAUGUGGCCUGGCGGUAUUUAUGAAUAUCACGGAAUUACUCCGACAUUUGCGCAGAAUUUUAAUGAAACCAUAUCCUGGGAAGAACGAAUAGACACUUUAGUAUCAUGGUUUGUUCAUCCUAUACAUCCAAUCAAUUUUGGAAUAUUAUACAUUGAAGAACCAGAUUACCAUGGUCACAUUGUUGGAAUAAAUGGCCCUGAAUUUGAUAACAUUCUUAGGAAAUUAGACAAUCUAACAAAGUAUUUGCAUGAUAAGAUAGAGUAUCAUGGUCUGCAUGAUCUUAAUAUUGUUCAUUUAAGUGAUCAUGGAAUGGCACCUGUCAAGAUAGACAGAAUAAUAGACUUGACAAAAUAUAUUAAUAGUUCUGAUUAUAAAUUUGUUGGUACUUCACCAGGUUUACAUAUUUUCCCUAAUCCUGGCAAGGAGGAUAUAAUUUAUCAGUCAUUAAAACAAGCUGCCACGAAAACAAUGACGUUCAGGGUUUAUAAAAGAGAAGAAAUUCCUAAAAAGUAUCAUUAUGGAAACAAUACACGCGUUGGUUCUAUAUUUGUUAUUGCUGAAGUUGGAUAUGCAUUUCAAAAUCUUCUUGACACUAUAGAAUAUUACAAGAAGAAAUUUAAUAUAACAGUAAACGGUGACUCAGAAUUCGGCCUCCAUGGUUAUGAUAAUGAAGCAGUAGAAAUGCACCCCUUCUUUUUUGCAAAAGGUCCCGCGUUUAUGCCAAAAUGCAAAUUAGAACCUUUUAACAAUUUAGAUUUAUUCCCCUUAUUUUGUAAGAUACUUGAUUUAGAAUGUCCUACGGUAAACGGUACUUUAUCACAUCUAACUAAGUGCCUUAAGAAACAUCAUCAAGAUAUUACAAUUAUUGCUUACCGAAUGAUAUUUGUAGCUACGACUAUUUCUAUGACAAUGGUGGGAAUUAUAGGAGCACUCGUAAUGUUCUACAUCAGGAAAAGACGAUUAGGAGUGAAAAGUUACAGAAGAAUACUGGAAGAUUUGGAAGCACAGUACCAUUUGGAUAAAAGUCGCAAUAUUGAAAAUGUUACUUGCAAAUUAAACCAUUUUCCAGAUUUAUUUAUAAUUUCAUCCCAUACGAAGAGUAGACAUUCAUAUGCAAAUAAGGGAAGCAUUAAAUAUAGGAAAUCUCUUUUUCAGUAUAGGUGACAUAUGCUUCAUAUGUUGCACCAUUAAACAUAUAAAUGAGAAAAUACUUCUGUGAUAAAACGAACAAUUUGAUAUUUUCUGACCACUCAAAAUAGUGUACAUAUACUCGAGAACAAUCAUUGUUAAUUUGGUAUACUAGAUACAUAGAUAUUCAUGAGUUUAGAUGAAAUAUUACACGAACUUUUUAUUUUCUUGAAUUCUUUAACAAGAUAUUCUCUGCAAUAAACGUAUAGAAUAGGAAGCUUACAAAGUACGAAUUAAUUUUUGCAUUUGUACUAUUGCUAUUUAUUCUUUUCGCUUAUGGGAGAUUAUAAUAGCUAACUAUAAGACUAUUCACCAUGUACGCUUAUGGCAUGGUGUCUCAUUUAUAUUCUGGCUACUGGUGACCAGUUCCACGGUAAAUAAAUGGUUAAAGAACAACAUAAUUAACAUGCACAGUAUUACUAUAGGAACUAGAUUGUAACAUAAUUUAUCUUAACUGACAGAGUAUUGUAUGAAUAAUUGAAUUUCUUAGAACAAGUGAACUUGAUCAUACACCAAUUGUGUAACAAUUCACAUAAACAUAUGUAAAUAUAUCAGAUAUGUAAA